AUGGCGGUUGAUUUGCUGGAUAUCAUUGUUUUGAGCGUGAUUUUGCUGGGAACGCUGGCGUAUUUCACCAAGGGCUCUUUGUGGGCCGUGGAGAGCGAGGACUUCCCGGGAUCGGGGUCGAAUGCCGGGUUUGGCUCGUCGGCCGGCGAUGAAGGCGAUAAUGAUCGCAGUAUUAUCUAUAAACUGGAAAAGAAUGACAAGAGUGUAGUCAUUUUCUACGGAUCUCAGACCGGUACGGCCGAAGAUUAUGCUUCUCGUCUGGCAAAGGAGGCUUCUUCGAGAUUCGGACUGAAAACUAUGACUGCCGAUGUCGAGGACUAUGAUUUCGAGAAUCUCGACCAGUUUCCUGAGGAUAAGGUUAUUGGAUUCGUCAUGGCCAGUUACGGUGAAGGUGAACCUACUGAUAACGCGGUGGCUUUCUACGAAUUCAUUACUAGUGAGGAUGUGUCGUUUUCGAAUGGAGAGUCUGUCGACGAGAAACCUCUCAGAAACUUGAAUUAUGUGAUUUUCGGUCUUGGUAAUAACACUUAUGAACAUUUCAAUGCUGUGUCUAGAAACUUGGAGAAAGUUCUUCAGAAACUUGGUGCUAAUAGAAUUGGUAGAUAUGGCGAGGGUGAUGACGGCAAUGGCACUAUGGAAGAGGAUUAUCUUGAAUGGAAAGACGAUAUUUUCGCUGAUUGGAAACAAGCCAAGGGCUUGGAUGAACAGGAUGCUGUCUAUGAACCAGUUCUUAAAGUGACUCCUUUAAUUGACGAGGUGGCUGAAUCGGAUUCUGUUUUUGUUGGUGAGGUUAAUAAGAACCAUCUUUCUGCUGGUAAUGGACCAGCCAAGGGUCCAUUUACCGCGUCGAACCCAUAUCUUGCUAAAGUGGUUAAAUCCACUGAACUGUUUAAUUCGGAUUCUCGUAACUGUAUUCAUUUAGAACUGGAUAUCAGCGGAUCGGGUCUGCGUUAUACUACCGGAGACCAUCUUGCUUUCUGGUCACAAAACUCUAAUGAAGAAGUUGAACGAUUCCUGUCGAUUUUCGGACUGACUGAGUCUGCUAAUGAGGUGAUUGAUGUCAAGGCCAUUGAUCCCACUGCCAAAGUACGAUUCCCUGUACCUACUACUUAUGACACUGUUGUUCGAUACUACCUGGAAAUCAAUGGACCUGUUUCUCGUCAGUUGUUAUCUUCUAUUGCGGCCUUUGCCCCUAAUGAGACUGCUAAAGAGGAUGCUUUGAAGCUCGGAUCUAAUAAGGAAUUGUUCCAUUCCAGUGUGACACAACAUUAUCUGAACACAGCACGUCUUUUGGCACAAAUUUCCAGAGGAGCUGUAUGGGAUAAGGUGCCAUUUGCAUUCCUCAUUGAGAGUUUGCAACAUUUACAACCCCGUUACUACUCUAUAUCGUCGUCGUCUUUAGUCAACAAAGACUUGAUUUCCAUUACUGCUGCUGUUGAGUCGAUUCAACCUGAAGGAUCGGACCAUGUUCUCAAGGGUGUAGCCACGAACUACAUUUUCGAUCUCAAGAAGUCGUUCAAUAAAGAGAUCUCGACCAAGGACGCCAAAUAUAACAUUGCCGGACCCCGUGGCAAGUAUAUCACCGAGACCGCGACCACCGUGCCUAUUCACGUUCGUCACUCGAACUUCAAGUUGCCAUCGAGUCCACAAAAACCCAUCAUCAUGAUCGGACCCGGUACCGGUGUAGCACCUUUCCGAGGAUUCAUUCACGAGCGAGCAGCACAGGCUGCUAAAGGCACACCUGUCGGCAAGAGUUUGUUAUUUUUCGGAUGUCGAAACCGAACUGAAGACAAUAUCUAUGCUGACGAGUGGGUUAAAUACACCCACGAGCCCGAGAACAAGAACGGACCAUUUAACGAGACGAACUUCCUACAAGUCGAGACCGCUUUCAGUCGAGAAUCGGCACAAAAAGUGUACGUCCAGCAUCUGCUGGAGCAGAAAGCGGCCUACAUCGACGAGCUGCUGAAACAAGGAGCUUUCGUCUACGUCUGUGGCGACGCCCAACGCAUGGCCCGUGACGUGCAAUCGGCACUGGCCCGCAUCAUCAGCAGCCAGCGAAACAUCUCGCUCGAAAAGGGCGAGGAGACCGUCAAGGCCAUGAAGGCCCAAAACAUCUACCAAGAGGAUGUCUGGUAA